CUCUUAUCAACGUGUAUUUUUAUUUUUUAUCAGUCAGUAAAAAUUUUACAUUCGAACUUCGAAAGAAAAAUUUGUUCAAUGUUCAAUAUUUUCUAAAAUUCUCGCUUAUUUAAAUUCAAAAUAUACAUUUUAAUCAUGAUGUUACGAAAGGGAAUAUUUCAGAGUGUUAUUCAAAUAGUAAAACGGCCAAUAUCCAGUGCAACAGUUUCUAUCACAAAACCUCAUCGGAACACUUAUUCUCGUACUUAUCCUACUCUUCUAGUAUUGCCAGAUGGCUCAACCAUUCAGAUGAGAUAUCCGGAACCCAGAGCAAUUAUUAGGUUACCACUUGACAUAAAUACCCUCAACGAUAAUGAAAAACGAGCUCGUUUAGAACUGAGAAAACCAAAGAAGAAAAUGACUGUAAAAGAAGCCACAAGUGUUUCAUUCGACGCUUCUAAAUACGUAAAUUUGGUCAAAAAGAAAAAAUGAUUAUUUUCUAUUGUGUUGAAACUUUGUCCGUGUUGUCAUGUAUCUAUGUAUAGAUACUUGAUUAUUUUUUAGUAAAUUUAAUUUAUAAAUGUU